AUGGACCAGAUCUACUUCGAGAUCGGCGAGGACACCGUCAACCUGACCAAGACCAAGCGCGCGGAUCUCAUGGAGGUGUGCGGCCCGAACGAGUCGUCGCUCGGCAAGGCGGUGGAGGCGCAGCAUGGCCAGGUGAUACGGUGUGGGCUCUUCAACGGCUAUGACAUGGGCACGGCCACAGGCGUCCGCAGGGCCAUACAUCUACUUCGAAUGGCACGACCUCGACGUUUGGUGUUCAGCCCCCCGUGCACCGCAGACUGUCCCUUCCAGAACCUGAACCAGAAGACGGAGGCCCAGAGGAAGCAGCUCUCGGACAAGAUCCGACAGGCGCGCAGGAUCCAACGGGGGUGCCUGGCCCUGAACGAGGAGGCGAAGAAGAUCGUGGACUGCCACAUUGAGUUAGAGCAGCCCUGGAACAGCCACAGCUGGUCGAGGUCACCCUCCAUUAAGAAGAUGCGGUCAGAGAUGUACGAGACGAUCAUCCAUGGGUGUGCCUACGGACUUCGUGACGAGAGGUCAGGACUCUUGGUGAAGAAGGCAUGGCGAGUAUGCUCUACCGACCCCGACUUUGGAGCGAAGGUGGGCCGGCUCUGCAGCAACCGAACGGGACGAGGAGAUAAUCACCUACAUCGUGCCAUCGAGGACGGACAUCUGGUGGCUCAGACAGCCUACUAUCCUCCGGCCAUGUGCCGAGCCUGGGCCAAGCACAUCCUUAAGAAGAACAUGACCUCCCAGUACGGCAAGGAGAUCUACGCGGGCCUGGAACAGAUUCCAGAAGAGGACGACGUCGAGACGUCGGGCGAGCUAGGGGAGCUGAACACGGAGGAGGACAUCGAGAUGGAGACCGCCGAGGCUUCCCUCAAAGGCCUGGGCGUCAAGACGGAGCUGUCGAAGAAGGAGGUCUCAGAGAUCGAGCAGAGACUCGCGCGACUUCAUCGCAAUCUGGGACAUCCCAGCAACAAGACACUCUACAAUAUUCAAGGCGUGGAGAUUCCGGGCGUGCUCGAAGUCCUCGCCACGGACGGACUGGAGUUGCUCUCACCUCAGCAGACCUCCCACAUCAUGACCCUGAACCUCGACGAGGGGUCCGGCCUCACCAGCGUCACCUACCACGGGCAGAAGGGCGAGCGCAGCGGCAACCGGUCAGCCAUCGAGGUGAUCUCUACGUGGGAAUCGUGGUGCAGCCACUACCGUCAACCUGCCCUCCUUCGCAUGGACCCAGAAGGGUGCCACUGCUCUCAGAUAGUCGCGAAGUGGGCAUCCGACCAUGGGGUCGAGAUAUGGAUCGCACCUGGGGAGGCGCACUGGCUCAUGGGCAAGGUGGAACGUCGCAUACAGCUCUUCAAGCGCCUCAUGACGAAGAUGGCCACCCACGACCCCGAGUGCAGCACGCAGGAGCUGGUCACCUGGGCCGUGAGUGCGAUCAACUCCCAUGGACAAGGGAUGGCCCCCACGAGUAACCCCUUCGCCAUCAUCGACGGGGACACCGGCGAGACGCAGGAGCAGAGGCGACUUCUGGCCCGCCAGAGCUACCUCGAGUGCGAGUAUGCAGAACGGCGACGCCAUGCCGAGCAAGCCAGGAACCGGAUCUACCAGACCUGGGAGGCCGGCGACCUCGUGUACUUCUGGCGUGACGGCAAAGGACGGGAGAACCGACCUGGCAAGAAAGGAAGGUGGUACGGACCUGCACGGGUGCUUGUUCAGGAAAAACGGCAUAUCGACGGCCGCGCUCGGGUGACCUCGGUCGUCUGGAUCGCCCACGGGAACACGUUGAUCAGGUGCGCGCCCGAGCAUCUACGACCAGCCUCCGAGACGGAGAAGAUGCUGACCGAACUCAAGAAGCAGGCCUCCCUCGGGAAGACCAUGACAGAGAUCCUGGAGACCGCCAAGGCUGGGACGUUCGAGGACCUGGUGGAGCAGCGCCGCCCGGACCUCACAGCAUACGAGCCCCCGAGGACCACCGAAGCAUUCCAACCAGGAGACGAGGCAGAAGCGCCACCUGCCGCUGUCACGGAGGAGGAGACGAACAUACCGGAGUCGAGCCACACUACACCGAGGUCUAUGGCUCAACCAGAAGCAGAACCAGGCGAACCCUCCGAAGACGCUCAGGACCAGGAGAUGGCACCACCCGCAGGAGCAGAGAUACCUCAGCAGCCUCCGCCAGUGGACCUACCUCCAGCUGAAGCACCAGCCUCUAAGGGAGCAACACCAGCAGCACCAGGGGAGCCGUCUGCUUCAUCAUCGUCGGCGCGCCCUCGGUACCGCAUGACGCAUCGUGGACCGGAGCUGGACCUCUAUCAACCGCCGGAGAAGCGUCGGAAGGACAACAACGACAUGGACGAGAGCGAGCUCUGGGCGGACCUCCAGAAGGACGACCUGGACAUUCUCCUGGGGAUAGACGAGCACCAGACAACAUAUUUCGAGCACAUCAAGAGCGAGGGGGCCGACAGGAGCGUCGACAAUCGGAUGAUGCAGGCAGUUCUCAACAGCUUCGUCGCCAACCAGCGCCGGAAGGACAAGCUCGAGCUCUCAUGGUCCAAGUUGAACACAUCCGAGAGGGCAGAGUUCGAAGUGGCCAUCUCUAAGGAGACGGACAACUGGCUUCAGCAUCGUGGACUCCGACCAGUACCUGCGUCUGAGGUCAAGGACAGUGCCGACAUCAUCCGGGCGCGGUGGCUCUUCACGAGGAAGGCGGACGGCAGGGCCAAAACGCGACUCGCGCUCCUCGGCUACCAAACGAAGGACCUCGGGAAGGAGCCUACGGCUAGCCCAACUGCAUCUAGACGGGCUCGCAACGUGAUGCUCACGAUCGCGGCUGCGCACGACUGGAAGUUGAUCAAGGGUGACGUCACCUCGGCGCUCCUGCAGGCUAACGAGCUGGACAAGGACUUGUUCAUCGAACCCGACGCCGCGCUGAAGAAGGCCUUCAAGGUGAAGGAGGGUGAGCUACUACGCGUCGUCAAGCCCGGGUACGGCAUCGGGGGGGCCCCGCGUCACUGGUGGGAAACGGUGAAGGUCGAUUUCAAGAAGCUCGGACUGCAGCCCCGCGAGCUGGAGCCGUGCAUGUGGCAGGUGCGGUGCCCACAGACCAGACGCCUCAUCGGUAUGGUCAUGGCACACGUGGAUGACUUCAUUCUGGCAAGUGACACCGCUCACCCCAAGUGGACCAACAUCGUGUCUCAGAUCCGGAAGCUCUACAAGUGGGGCACCUGGGAGGACAUGAAUGACGGUAUCACCAGCCUGGAGCAGUGCGGGGUCACCAUCGAGGAGAACGAGAAGGGUUUCUUCCUGCACCAGCGCGCCUACGCCGACAAGAUCACCGAAGUACGGCCACCUGACGGAGGACGGCACCGACCGACGGACAACCUGCGCGACAAGGACCAGACCGUGCUGCGUGCGUUCUGCGGGGAGGUCUACUGGCUGGGCGUCAACACCAUGCCCUUCCUGCUGGCGUGGGUCGCAGAGCUCCAGUCGAAGAUUCCUGAGGGCACCCACAGUCUGUUCACGGCCGCCAACAACAUC